AUGGAAAGGCAUAAGCAGAGAAGCUUUGAGUUCUUAUUGUUCAGGAAAAUCCUCCACUCUACGACCCUCAGUCUCACGACACCGCCAACAAAUCCUGAGAGUUUCGGGGUCCAUCUCUUCCCUAAUAAUCCAAGAGAUUCUCCCUUUAUAGUGAAUCAUUUUGGCCAGUGCUAUGACGAAGAAAGUACUGUGAAUAUCUUCAUGGAGGACAUGGAGGGUGGUGAUUUGUCUUCACUAUCUAUGAGAUGCAAGCGAUUGCCAGAAAUGGUCAUUAAAGCUUACACGACCUCCAUUCUCAAAGGUCUUCAAUACCUUCAUGGCAACGGAAUUAUUCACUGUGAUAUUAAAGCAAAGAAUGUGGUCUUGGGGUUCUUAGGUGAAGUCAAACUCGCCAAUUUUAGUGCUGCAAAGAGGAUCUCCAAUGACCUUCUUGAUAUUCACGACAGGACUUUGGGGUGGAUGGCCCCCGAAAUUUCUAAGGGGAGGGAACAAGGCAUGCCCUCAGAUAUAUGGUCCCUCAGUUGUACAGUUGUGGAGAUGACUACAGGGAAGGUGCCCUAUUUAUCACCAGAAAAACUCAAACUCACUGGAAUUUUAGAUUGCAACCUUGAUUUUCUAGGGAAGUGUUUCAUGAGAGAGCCAUCAGAAAGGUGGAUGGCUUCUCAGUUGCAUCGCCACCCCUUUUUUGCCUCCGCACACUUGAACAAAUAUUUUCACCAAGUAUUGUACUCGACAAUUUACCGACUCCUCAACGAAAAGAGUGGAUUGAUACCCUGA